UGUCAAUACGGUAAAUUUGGAAUGGAAUUGGGACUUCGAUUCGACUGGGCUGGGUGGAAAAAUAAAUAAAUAAAAAGAAAUAGAAAAUGCUACGACGACAGUACGAAUAACUACGAAGGAAAAUAUCAAUAAUAUCAACUAAAUUGAUGUGCAAUUCAUAAUUAUUACUAAUAUCUACUUUUGAGUGUAAAAUAUGAUUAGUCAAAUAAUGGGUAUAGAGGCCUAAAGAGUUGUGGUGGAUGGUGAAAAUAUCUUCAAUUCGUAAACAUCGUGCCUUUCACAUUACCUAGGAUAAUAAGUCUUGUCGAGUAAGCUCUACAGAACUAUUGGCGGUACUCUUCAAUGUAUAUCCCAUUGCACAAUGCUACAGCAAAGAGAUUUUAUUUUAAGAUUGCAGUUACUAAACUGUCUGUUAUUACAGUAUCACUUCCCUUGUUCUCCUUUUUGACUUGUGUCUUAAUAACAAUGUAUAAGGACUUUGAUAGAGCGAAUAAAACUCAUUGUAACAUUCCAAAUAUUUUUCCUUCAAUAUCUGCAUCCAUAGGAAACUAUGAACCACAAAUAACUAUAUGGAAAACAGCUAUUUACAUACAUGCGCCAAUAAGAUUUAUGUUAAUAUAUUUACGAUGGGAUUAUUAUAGAAGCAUUAUGAGAGAUGAUUGUAUAACAAUAGUUAAAUUAGCAGUGAGCCUAAAUAUAAUUGAGAAUAUAAUGCUGUUAGGGUUGACACAUUGGACUUCUUCUCUUCAUUACUCAUAUCACGAAAAGUGUUUUAAAACAUUUAUAGCUUCAUCAUUAUUUUAUAUGAUUUUAAUAUGUAUAUUGCUAACAAAAUGUCGAAGAAGACCAAAUAUUUCAUCAAUAGAAAAAUAUUCUUUGAAACUGAAAUGGAGGCUUUUUUUCAUUAAUGCCAGCACAUUUGCAAUGGCGGCCUAUUUCUUUUUACGACACAACAGUCUCUGCGAGCCAUAUGUAUACUCCAUAUUUUCAUUCUCAGAAUAUAUGGUAGUGGUGAGCAACAUACUAUACCACUUCACAACAGUCUAUGACCUUCAUUCGCAUUUUAUAUCAAUCUCAAGACAUGGAAUCAGUAUAGAAAAAUGAAAUAAUUGAUGCUCACCAGAAAAAAAUUACAACUUAACAAUACAGUUAAUGGAUUUAUUACAUGACAUUUUUAAGAAUGUUUAUAUAAAAAUUAGUAUAAUCAACCACAUAUCAAGUUACCCUGUGUGGAUUCUAUGCAACCAUAAAUAUGGGUGAAUUUGUAAUGAUUUAGAGUAGUUUGAUGUGCUGUUGACUGUACCUAAAUAAAACCUUGAAAUUUUGAUUCAGAUAAAGAACUGUGUGUGAUUGUUAGCAAAGAAUAAUAUAGUGAUAAUUCCAUAAUUUAUUAUCAUCUAUUAAUUAUCAUCGAUUUUAUAUACCACUUAUAUAUAGUUGCUCUUUGUAUACAGUUAAGGUUGUUAUACUAAUCAAAUAAAUAUUUUUAUUGAAUUAUAAA